AUGGUGUGGGAGAAGACCAAGGACGUAAUGCAGGAAUUUGUGCUCUACAUGGACACGGCGGAAAUAACAUCGUAUGCAGCGAACUGUGAUAACGCCGCAUGGGACCACCACAAAAAUCCUACAGCGGGUUCGAUCUAUUUUGGACAAACGGUGGGGGAUAAGAUUAUAUGCGUACUUAUGGCAGGGGCCUUAUUUUUCAUGAAUGGGUGGACUAUUACACAAAGCACUCGAUCGACGGAAGAUGAAAUCAGUGAACGCAUACGAGAGCACUUACGAUGUGCCAUAGUACAUAUGUUUAGCGCAGUAUUAGACGAAUCCGUGUGUCCAGGUAUGCGGGGAACAUUUUAUGCAUGGAAAACAAUGGAAAGAAUGGACACUGGGGACGGAGGUUUUCCGGAAGGUUUAAUAAAGAGGGGAAUAUGUGGUAGAGAACUAUCUUCGAAUUUGCAAAUAAGGCAACUUGACUUAAAUACAAAAGUCAAACAAUGGUUACGGCAAGAUAGCAGAUUAAAAGGCGUCAUACAGAAAAUAAAAGGAAAUGCAUUGUGCACGAAGCGGUGGCAGGACGCAUGGAACCUAGAGGACAUCCUGGGGAAUGGGAAUACACAGGAUACGCAAGCGUUGCAGAUUGCUCCGAUAGUCGAUGAAUUGAAGAAAGGAAUCAACGACCUACUUACGGAACUCGGAAAAAAGGUAGACCAGGACGUAAAAAACCGGCAACAGGCGAAGAACAGGAAGUUAGGUGAGACAGGCGAGGUUUGGGCAGAAGGAAACAAAUUAGAAAGACGGAGGCAGGAUAAGUACACAGAACACAACUACAGACAGUGUCGCAGUAACAGGGAAAAUGCAAAGGGGAACAACAUGCAGAUAUCGAACGAUGACAAAAACGCACAGCCCGCCACCACCAAGGCGGCACCACCACAGGCACCGCCAGGUGAAGUCGAUGUCAGUGGACACAAGAAUACGAAACAAGAGGACGCAGAAGCAGAACCAGCACCUGCAGCACCACCAAUAACAUCCACGCCGAGUGGACCAGCAGCGGCAUCCCCUGUCCCUCCUGCUCCACCAGCUGAAAAAUCUGACCAGACUGUCGCUACCGGUGGCACCGUCGAUGGGGGCAACGAUGACCCCCCUCCUCUCAAUCCACCCAAACCAAAACCGAACCCGAACCCAAAUCAAUCGGGUAGUAGUGGCAGUUUCAGUGAUGCUGAUUUGGCGGAUGGAGUUUCUGGUGGGGAAGUAACGGCAGGUGGUAGUGGUGGUGGAGGAGGUAGUAGUGGUGGAGGUGGUGGUAGUCAGUUAACCUCUGGCUCCAGUAAUCAGAAUGAUCAGGACACAGGGAAUACUACCCAGGGGGGCACUAAGCAGUUCGAACUUGACCUCGCUUCACCUGCACUCAACAUAGAAGGUGCCACAGGAGGAUUCGUACCACCGGUUCCAGCAGAUGGAGAAGUCAGUUCAUCCGGUGAGACUCCACGUGACUAUGCUGUCCCCGACCUGACCGGCAUGGUCCUUACCGCCACUACUCCCGUGCUGUUUUUUCUCGCUUCCGUUAUCGUCGCCCUUCUUGGUUAUUCCCUAUGGAAGUACUUUGCUUAUCUCGCCAAACGACGACGAACAUAUCGAACCGUUCGUGACGUGCCGUCACGGCCACUCGACGAAGAAAUAUUAGACCAUCUACAACGCGGCGAACUACCGCCACCCGCUUACUGGUACACCAUGGUUCGGGAUAGGCGGCCCGCGUCCACAUCCGCUAGAGGACGCCCCCCACGCGUGCAUAGGCGCACGAUUAUCGAGCUACAUCUAGAAGUGCUCAACGAAUGUGAAGCGGCGGAAUGGGAAAACGUCAAAGACGACUAUUGGAAGAUUGUCGUGCAGGAGUUUGCACAGGAGUUUGCGCAGGAUAUGAUACGGGACGACGACACGAAUAACAACAUCUUGGGUGUUUCCACCGCAGAACACGGUUCUGCAGGGACCAAUGUUUCCUCCACCGAGUCCGACGGCAUAGAUCGAUGUCCACCUAAUGAACACGACCCCGAUCCAUGCAAGUGUAUGGAAACUAUACACUUCGACACGGACCGUUGUCCACCGAAUGUACAUGACCGAUGGCAUUGUAUGGAAUCCAUACAGUUACCAACGGACCCUUUUCCACCUAAUGACUGCGAUCCAUGGAGUUGUAUGGAAACUAAACAGUUCGCAACGGACCCUUGUCCACCUAAUGAAGAUGACUCCGAUGCAUGGAAGUGUAUGGAAACCAUAUAA